UAAUUUCAUUAUGCCUAUGAGUGCAAAAAAAACAUAGCAAGGUAUGACAAGCAUUCCUCCUUUCCUCCUUUUAUCUUCGAUGGAUUUACUCAAAAUAAUGAGCCUUUCGCAGUGAGAGGGGUUUAAAAAACGCUUUACCGGAUCCUGCAAAAAUACUUCGACCUCAUUCUGAUUGGACCAUAUGCGAAUUUUCGCCCCUCUCUCAGGCUUUGACGGGCGGUUACGGAUUUUCUCGAAUUUACACGAAAGUUUAGUGAAGAUGAAGAAAUGGAUUUUGUUAAACUGCUCGGGACUGUUCUCGCCGUUUUCUGCCACUUAGGAUUCACCCAAUUUGAACACAAUGGCCAGAGGAUCUGCCGGCGUGGCACAGAGCGACCCUGCUACAGGAUCAACUACUUCCAGGACCCACGGCGGAGGGUGACCUUCGAUGAUGCCAGGCAGGCCUGCAGGACGGAUGGGGCAGAGCUCCUCAGUAUCGAGACUGACAAUGAGCAGCGUCUGGUCGAGAGGUUCAUCCAACAGUUGCAGGCCACUGAUGGGGACUUCUGGAUCGGACUGCACAGAAGCCCACGCCACUGGGUGACUACCAUAGGAUGCCCUUCGCAGUACUACUGGCUGGAUGGCAGCAAGGCCAGAUUCAGAAACUGGCAUUGGGACGAGCCAUCGUGUGGCAACGAGAUGUGUGUGGUGCUGUACCACCAGCCUUCUGCCCCCCCUGAUGAGGGGGGGCGCUUAAUGUUCCAGUGGAACGAUGACAACUGCAACACCAGGAACAAUUUUGUCUGCAAGUACUCCGAAGAAAAGUUACCAGUGUUUACUGUGGUGUGGAAUUCAUUAUACACAGUUGCCCCAAUUAUAUCUUUAAUACCAAUCCUCCCAUCAGCUAAAGUGAGUGAUGAGAAGACAAAACUAGGACUGUCUGAAUCAUCAGUAUCUCUUUCAGAUAAUGUCCUGUAUGUCUCCUACAUUCUAUUUGCUACUAUCCCUAUUCUACUGCUGCUGCUUGUGGCUACAGGAGUCUUCUGCUAUAAACGGGCUGCCAAAAGGAGAAAGUCUCCAACAGACAGCUACCCUAAGCAAGAGCAAUGGGGUACAAUGUCCACUGUGGCCUGCAACAUCCAAGGACCCUAUGCCUACCAGGACAUCACCAAGCUUCAACCUGCCGAACUGGAGAGCAUGGCACCUGAAUCAAUCAAGAAGAUGUCCUUCUGUGCCUCCUCUUUUGAUUCCCAGUGUGAUGAUUACGAGAACGUUUCAAACAUGGAGACAGUGACAGAGAGUGGCUUUGUGACCAACGAUAUCUACGAGGACUGGCAAAACCAGGGUCGGCACUAUCUCAACGAGACUGGAUGGGUGGAGAAUGAGAUCUAUGAGUAAUGUCGCGGCCCUGCAGUGCCUCUCUCUUUACCACAUGUUCACUGGGCCAUCUGGGCAUCUGACUCUUUUUGUCUCCAUUCAUCUUUCAUAUCUCCUGCUGGUGGGUUGUAUGGCACCAUGUGAUGCGAGACAGGAUGGACAGAUCCAUCCUUAUAUUGUGUUCGCUUUAGGGUACGCCCACUAAACGUACAAAGAGGCCUAUGGUGUCACCCCCAUUUGAGGUUUCCUGUGUGGAAGUUGAUGUCAGGGAACAGGACAAUAUCUUCGGAAAUUUGGAUAACAGAAGUCUGACCCCACGACACCUCUGAGCAAUGGCUGCCUGUGAGAGAUGAUCCUCCCAGUGAUGUUUAACAAAGCCUCCACUGCUAUGACACCAGUUUGAGCUGGCUGGAUAAAGUCAUAAUGUGCCUUUUCAUGGCUAAACCAAAGUCCUGGUUGAAUAACAGUGUAGCAUUUGUUUAUUUGCCUAUUCCUGUGUCUUUGUCUUAUAAUCUUGUAUUUAUCACAAUGUCGUGAGAAAAAUCAAGAAAAUACAUGUUUUGCGUACAUGGUAGAUUCAAGUGGGCCUGACUAGAGUGUUGUGAAAAAGUAGUCUUAACGAGCUAAAGCUGAGUGUUCUUGGAGGAUGUCAGACAGGAAAUACCAAAAGCACAUCUGGAACUCGCACAUACAGGAAAUCUAGCAGUGACAGCAGAUGCUUUUGGGGUGCUGCGCUCAACAGUUUUCCAUGUAAGGCUGUCACGAUAGGUUAAUUAACAAAACAUGUACUUGCUGGACCUGUAGGCCUAUAUGGGUGAUAUUUCAAAUAUCGCGCACCGCUCUGGCUACAAAUAAAUGUUUUGUUUUAAUUUUUUUUAUAAUAAUGUGCCUUUUAUUGUGUUUUUCUGUACAAGAAGAAAGAAAAAUAUACCAUUUAUAAGCCGUAAAACUUUUGGUAAGAUAUAGCUUACUUUACUGUACUAUUGCAAACAGUACAUACUUAUGGCUUCCAUAUUGUUUGUUUGACCAGCAGAUGGUGCUGUUUCAUGUCAUAUUUCAACUCUUUCCAUUGGUCUCGAACUCCAGCAGUUUCACUCAAAUUCUAUGUUGAUCGCUAGAUGUGCAAUGGGUAUGUUAAAAAAAGGAUAACAAUGUGCUAAUAUUCUGUCAUAUUAUUGUAUUAUUCUCAAAACAAUUGAUUUGGCUUAAUAACAUGUAUCUAAAAUGUAUACUGAACAAAAAUAUACUGAACAAAGAUAUAAACGCAACAUGCAACAA